CACGGCGUUUGCCACUUCCGAAAUGAAAGGUAUAAUGCUGAUGGCGACGCUGCGUUUAAUACGAAUUCGCCAUCAAAAAGCAGCACAAGGCUAUUUACACUUAUUGUCUGAAACCCUAACCUUCGCAAACAGUCAUUUAACGGCCGCAUUGUCGCGGUCACACACUGCGUCUGUCCCCAUAACGCGGCGCAGGUCCCCAAGCUCGCAUCCAGGCGUCAUCUGACCAGCGCUGAUCUCGGUCACGGAUGACAGACAGCGAGGGAGCAGCUCGCUGAUGCACACCGCGCCGUGAGGGUGUGCAGGAGCAGGAGUAUCUCCACACGGCACAAAGGCAGGUCCUCCCCAGUCCAGGGAGAAGGAGCACAAAGGCAGGAGCGACAUGCAUGGGCAGGAGCGCCGCUUCUGAAACCCCCGUCUGUUUCUCCCCGAAACGGGAAUGAUCCCUGAUCUCCGGCAGAAAUGUUUCACUGGAGCAAGUGGAAGAAACGGAUAGGGGCGAAUUCUUCUUCGAAGAGACCGGUGUUUGACGAGAAGGAGGAUGUGAAUUUUGACCAUUUCCAGAUCCUCAGAGCCAUCGGGAAAGGAAGCUUCGGCAAGGUGUGCAUCGUGCAGAAGAGGGAUACAGAGAAGAUGUAUGCUAUGAAAUACAUGAACAAGCAGCAGUGCAUAGAGAGAGACGAGGUCCCCAAUGUCUUCCGGGAGCUGGAGAUCCUGCAGGACAUUGAGCAUGUGUUCCUGGUGAACCUCUGGUACUCCUUCCAGGAUGAGGAGGACAUGUUUAUGGUGGUGGACCUGCUGCUUGGCGGAGACCUUCGCUACCACCUGCAGCAGAACGUGCAAUUCAGCGACGAGGCUGUCAAGUUGUAUCUCUGCGAGAUGGCCCUUGGCCUGGACUACCUGCAGAGCCAGCACAUCAUCCACAGGGACAUCAAGCCUGACAACAUUCUCCUGGACGAGCAAGGCCACGCUCACCUCACGGACUUUAACAUCGCCACGGUGAUAAAGGAUGGCGAGAGAGCCACUGCGCUAGCAGGAACCAAGCCGUAUAUGGCCCCCGAAAUCUUCCAGUCCUUUGUGAGCGGCGGUACUGGCUACGCCUUCGAGGUGGACUGGUGGUCGCUCGGCGUGACGGCGUACGAGGUGCUGCGGGGCCUGAGGCCGUACGAGAUCCACUCCACAGACCCCCUGGAGGACCUGAUGCAGGUGUUCAGCACUGUCAGCGUGCACUACGUCCCUACGUGGCCGAAGGAUCUGGUCACCCUGCUGAGGAAGCUGCUAACGGUUAACCCGGAGCACCGUUGUUCCUCACUGGCCCAGAUGCAGGCCUCUGCCUGCAUGAGCGACGUAGACUGGGAGGCAGUGUACGAGAAGCGGGCAGAGGCAGGGUUUGUACCCAAUAAAGGUCGUCUCCACUGUGACCCCACCUUCGAGCUGGAGGAGAUGAUCCUGGAGUCCCGUCCUCUGCAUAAGAAGAAGAAGCGUCUGGCGAAGAGUCGAUCGCGAGAUAACAGCAAGGAGUCCCAGUCGGAGAAUGAUUACUUACAGGAGUGCCUUGAGGUUGUGCAGCAAGAGUUUGUGAUCUUCAACCGAGAGAAACUGAAAAAGAGGCAGGAGGAAGCCUCCCACUUGGACACACCCACCGAGGCUGAGGGCGACGACGGAGGCUCCGAGGACGAGGCAGCCCAGGGGGCAGAGUCCUCUGACCCCAACACCUGCGACUCCAUGGGCUCCUCCGCGAGCAGCUGCUGACACCGCUGAUGCUGCUAACUGUGCUAGCACGGCUAAUGACGCUAACUUUACUAGUGUGGCUAAUGCUAACGACUCUGCUAGCACAUCCCAGCUGCAGACGCUGUCGUGCCAUGUCUCCCAGCCUCCGCUUGCUGCCAGGACUGGAACCUUUCAGAGCAGCAAGCUUCAUCCACGUCAACCACCUCAACUAGAAGCAUGCAGGACUGGUGGCCUGAAGGAGCCUCUCACUCAGUUAGCAUCACUAGUGCAGUUAGCAUCACCAGUGCAGUUAGCGUCGCCAGUGCAGUUAAUGUCAUUGCGACAGACUGUUCCAGGACAAGCCUACAAGCACGAUGCCUGUGUCAAGGACAACAUCCUCAGCCUCUGCUGGCCCACCUGUUGCUUUCUCCCUAGCCAGCGACCUAAAUGCUAAUGCAGGUUCUGGCAAAGGAGGUGAGGGCAGGUGAUUGUCAAAGUAAGAGGGCUGCCCUUGUCUUCCUGAAGGAACAUAACACAAGUUAAAUCCAUAGGUUUGCUCCUCAUCCCCAAGACCCAUAGUUUUGCCGAGGUCCUUUUAGCUGCUAAGUUGUGGUGUCCCCGCGUAGGAUCAUGGUCACUCCCCAUCGCUGGUGUUUCAUUUCACACCAGCAAACGACCCUUCCCAGUACAGACGGGGGCGUCGGCCCCGCUGACUUCGGACAGGACCAUUUAUAGUAGCAUAGGCCUGUUUAAAUAGCAUUAGCAGAACGUUAGCACGGCAUAGCGCCUGCUCGUGGACGCCUGCGCGACGCUCUUCCUCCACUUAGCGCCUGGUUAGCGUGAUGUGUGGAUGUGGUCGUCGGCACUGGCCCUGCUCCACAGUUUUAUGUGGGCCAUUAGCUGAGCACGUUUGCCAGGCAAGCGACAUUCACGCCCUGCUGUAUAAAUGCGUGUGGGCGCCCCCUGCAGGCCACGCCAUCCCUGCUUUUUCGAACCCCUGGCGAUGCCUUUUCCGAUGGGAGCCGCGCUCUCUCACGUAGCAUGCGGCGCGGAAGCGUCUGUCCUGCAGCAAGUGCUUUUUUGCAUCCCGUUAUCCUGCGUUUACUCACGGUAUUUAUUGACUAAGGCCAUAGGAAUGUUACUAAGGCUGGCGGUAUCUAACUGCAGCAGUGACGCCACAAGGUUUUACACUGGCAGCGCUAAAUUAGUCACCUGCACGCACCGUAGCCUGCUCAAAUGCAUGCAGUACCAUAUAUAAGCACAAGGGGGCCUUAUUAUACAAUCUUUGACUUUGCCCCUUGUGUGGAUUACAUUAGGUGGGGUGCAAACCCAGCCCUUGUCUGCCCCCCCAGCCUGCCCACACUUUUGUUCUGCACGCCUAAUUCUGCUAGACAGGUAAUUAUCGGCCUCUGGAUCAGGUGUGCAGGUUGGUUUGCGUGAGCUUGGGGGCUGAGACCUGGGCUGUCUGGCACCCACUGUUAUCUUUGAUUAAAGGCUUUGGCACUCGUGCUGAGUUCCUGUCGUAAGAGAGUAAGGCUUCUUUUUCAGCUUUUGCAUUGUGCUGUUGCCUGCUGAGGCCAUACUUUCAACGGGGCUACAUACGAAACAGAAGUGUAGGACUCCAUUAGUCGCACUGCUGCCUCGCUGGAAUGCAGUGGGCAGGAGUUUCUAGGACGCCUCCAUAGGUAUCAGAAUGCUCAUACAAGUCCUGUGUCCAUGCACCAGCAUUUUUAAAAAAAAGGACAUCCAGACCAGCAGGUGGCGACUUUAAUGUGGCUGUAAUCUGAUGUGGUUCUCGGGAUCACAGUGGGCAUGCGGCCAUUCAGUUCACCGUGCCUGUUCUCGAGGGCCCUGUCUGUACAUAUGUUUUGCUUUUACUGCUCGGAUAAGGGAAUAAAGUGCUUUCCGUCA